UUGCUUCAAAUCCUUCACAGUUACUUUUUGAAUGCCUUGCGUGAUUGCCAGGGAUCAGCGGUAGAGUUGGGUCUACUGAUAAAGCGUUCAACGCGAGACUUUUCUAUGUAUUAUUACUAUGCUGGGAAUCAGCCACUAUCGGAACUAAUUAUCAAUGCGCAUCAUUCGUAUUUCAAUUCUAUACGCGAGAUUUUGGGACACCACAUAAAUCUUUCUGGCCUUACUCUAAAGCUGGUCCAACGUAUCGCUCUCUAUGAAAUGUGGCUUAAACAGUUAACGGAGCAAAGUCUAAGUGCGGGGCUUAUCGAGGAGGCGGCAAUUGUGGGAGAAGCCUAUCAGCAAAUGAAUAUCACGGUUAAGAAGGUGCAGGAGUUGUUAACUGUAAUACCGAACCUACACGGAUUUAACGGUGACAUCACAGAUCAAGGAAAUCUGCUAUUACAGGGACCGUUAACUUGCUGUAUCGAUGUGAUCCAAAAACAUUUUGAAUUGUAUGUAUAUCUAUUCCAACGGAUAAUCCUAUUUGCGGACAUCGAGAAAGUGAAACCGCCGUCAAUUCAAACUCCCAAGUUCAACUAUCGCACGCACAUACAUGUCCAUAACAUGCAUUUAAAGGAGCUCGGCGAAAAUAGUUUUCUGCUCAAGUCGAUUGUGUUAAAUCUUCCAGUUUUAAACAUUGUGUGUCAAGCGCCUACCGCCGAGAGCUAUUCUGAGUGGAUCAGAAUUUUGAAUUCCGUGUUGGUUAAGCCGUCCAAACCCUGA